AUCAUAGAAUGGAGAGAAUAGUAUCUUAGAUUAAUUUUAUCAUUCUGAGUUUCAAUCGAAAUUAGACCAAUGAAACUCUAAAUAUGAAAUAUUGUUUCUAAAUUUUUGAUGCAAUUUAUGUGUUACUGCCAAUAUGCCAUCAUCAAUCGGAGAGGCUUCUUCCGAAGCGCAUAAUCCUCGUCCACCACGGCGAGAGAGCCGGAAACAUCGCCGAGCCUUUUCCAGGAGCAGAAUCAUCGGCAAUGUCACAGGAUUUCGGCAAUUUUCAGGUGAUCAAGGAGAUAAGGUAGAGGUUUGUGAGGUUCUUCUAUCGCUUUCCCGAGGGCGAGUCCGCCGUCGAUGUUUUCGAUAGCGAUUCGAGUAUGUUUCCACUCAACUUUAAUAUUUUAACUCAUAUUUUGCUCUUGGAAUUUUUUUCUUCCGUUUUGUUGUUUUUUUGCGCAUUUGAUUUGAUUAAAGUUGUUGCCUCUGCAAUUAUUAAACAGUGAUUACAUUUUUUUCACUUUUUGUCCUCUUCGUGGAAAGUUACAUUCUCUAUUCGUUAUGAAGAUUGGGAGUAUUUCAACCAUAAUCUAAGCUUUCGAUUAUUAUGACAAGUUGAUGCCGUUCUUUGUUUUAUUAGAAAUAUCUCCCGAUUCUCAUGCUAGGCUUAGACAAGGAGAUAGAAUUGCCUGAUGAACUUAUUUUAACCAGUCAUUGUUCUUCCAUGGAUUGUAUACAGUAGACAGAAAACUGGUGCUGCAUUUGGAAGUUCGAUAGAAGUCAUGCUGGUAACCCUAAACUGCAGUGAUUGCUGUGUUAAAUUGAAUUUGGCAUAUCCACACAGAUUCUCUUCAGUAAUGUUAAAGGUUUACUUUCUCAGUUGUUUGGCAUGUCCCUUACUCUGGCAUGACAAAAAAAUUAAGGCAAGAAAAACUGGGUUGGAAAAUGUGAAAAACGGAGUCCUUGAUUCUACAAAAUAAAAUUCCUAUGAGAAUCCAUAUUGACAUAUUUCAUCUAACUCCACAUCUAUAUUGGUUUGCUUUUGGUGUUGACAAACUUAUCGUUGAGUUAUUAGGUAUGUAUUAUUAGGGUAGUCUUUCUCUCGAAAUGAUUUCUUGUUAUGAUCUGUUAAUUGUGUACAAGUUCAUUCUCCACAUGUUCUCUCAUAUAUGUGUGAGAGUGGUGUGCUUCAUUGCAUUAUGUGUACUUUUUGUUGUUAAUGGGGAGAAUGAAAAGUUGGGGAAGAAAAGAUAAGAAAGGAAGAAGAGGGUUCACUGUUGAGUGGGUGGGUAGGCUGCAGUUAUUGGCUGCAGAGGGGAUAAAAAGGAAUGUGGAGGACCAGGGAGAGGCUUUGUUGGGCAGUGACCAGUGGGUACUGACAGCUUGAAGCAAAAAGAUGACAAAGAAGGAUAAUUAAAAAGAAAGAGAACAGAAACGCAAAAAAAAGUAUAAACAUAUUAUAAUCAUGAUCACUUGAUUUUUAUGUGUUGUUUCAUUUCCCCUCUGCUACUUGAAUCAUCUAUCUAGCCACCCCAGAAAACAAGAGCGGACCGUGACUCAAUAUUUAUGAUUUUAAGGUGAUUGUGCAGACUGCAGAGGAUUCCGUUGUUGUCUUUUGAGUUGCACCAGUAAAAUAGUGCCAUUAUUUUGUAUAUUCUCAGAAGACGCCAGCGGUUUGCAAAAAUGAUACUGAUUAUCUUGUUUCUUUUGCACCUGUGAUACAUGAAAUUAAAGAAUCUCUCACAAUGUGCAUGUUUUCUUGAAUCCUAUGGAGGGACAUAAAUAUGAACAGGCUCCAUUGCAACCAACUGACGACUCUAACCUUGUUAUCAUAUCACACGGACUUGCAAUUCAUGUGUUUCUUAUGAAGUUGUUUAAAUUGACAGUCAAGCAAUUUGAGCUCUUGAAUAACCUUCGGGAUUGCGAGUUCCAAGUAAUGCAGCUAGGAGAUGGCGGAGAAUACAGUCUCGCGGUCCAACACAGUGAUAAACAAAUCCGAGAGUGGGGAUUAUCCCCUGAUAUGAUUGCAGACCAGCAGUGGCAAUCUGAAGCUAACAAGGGUGGGUGACUGGAACGACAGGCAUCUCGACAGGUAAUUUAAUAUUCGAUUUGUGUGUAAAAGAUAUUUGUUUGAAGGUGUUGUAGGGAAGAAUAAAAAUUUUGUCAUGGACUGCCAGUUGUUAAUAUCUUGAAACUGUUAUCCUGUCUGGUUCUCGUUUCCCCCAAAAGGAAUCUGAAAAUCUGAUGUGAUAACAUUUAUGUGGGAGAGGGAUCAAUAGGAAUCAAUUAUUAGUAACCAACAGACAAAAAUGCAAGGCUAUCCCACUGGUGUGAGACAGAGACUUGACCUUGCAUGAUACAAAAGAGGAGACAAAUUCAAGUACAUUCACCUUUUCAUUACUCACGAGAUAUGUUAUCCAAACAAAGAAUCGACUCUACUCAUUGUGUGUGUUUGUGGCCUUCACUGCCAUUAAACAUUCUGCACAUAAUUAAUAACUCUACUCAAAUCUCUCAUGAUGGACUCGCCCCAAUCCCACGGGCAACACCAUGAGAUAAUCCCGUCGUCGUCCCUCCUCAUUAUAGUUGUUCCCGUCAUCAUUGUAGUCCUCCUCGUCGCUAUACUACUCCUGGCUGCGAUGCUCCGCCGCCUCCACUCCUCCAGAGCCAACAGCAGCAGCAGCGCCGCCUCGAGUAAGAGGGUGGUCCACAACAGCAAUUGCAUGUUCAUUGGUCACAGCACCAUCAACUUAGAUCCCUCUUCAGAUGUCAGCUGCAUAUACGGAAACAGGCCGCAGAUGCGAGGGUACCAGGUGCAGGUAUUCACUCUCAAGGAGGCCGAGAAGGCCACCAACAACUUCUGCGACGCCAACAUGAUAUGGACGGACGUGUACAGAGGGGUGCUCCGCGACGGCACCCCUGCGGCCAUCAAGAUCCUCCGCGGCACUGGUAGGUCCGCAGAGCGAGCUUUCCGUUCCCACGUAGAGCUGUUGUGCCGUGUGCGGUGUUCGUACAUAAGGGAGCUGUUGGGGUACUGUGCUGAUGAGGAGAAGAGGUUGUUGGUGCUGGAGUACAUGGCUAAUGGGUCUCUAGCAGAUCAUCUUCGGCGUGGGACGUUGAAAUGGGGCACUCGGUUAAAGAUUGCUCUCGAUUGUGGUCGAGCUUUGGAGUAUCUCCAUGAGCACAUGAGCCCUUCCAUCAUCCACCGCAAUAUCAGAUCCACCACCAUUCUCUUGGAUCACACCUUCACUGCUAAACUUUCGGGUUUCGGUCUAGCCAAGAUUGGGUCCGACAAACUCAAUGGCCUUGUUUCUACGCGAGUUCUGGGGACCACCGUAUAUUUGGCCCCAGAGUAUGCAUCUACAGGGAAGCUCACCACUAAAUCAGAUGUGUAUAGUUAUGGUGUCAUUCUCUUGGAGCUGUUAACGGGACGCCUGCCUAUCGACACCACCCGCCCUCCUGGGGAACAUCUCCUCGUUUCAUGGGCGCUUCCGCGUUUGACCAAUAGAGAGAAAGUGAUGGAAAUGAUCGACCCAGCCCUACAAGGCCACUACUCCAAGAAAGAUCUUGUUCAAGUGGCUGCAAUAGCAGCUAUGUGUGUGCAGACAGAGGCCGAUUAUAGGCCUCUGAUCACGGACGUGGUCCAGUCGUUGAUGCCCCUAGUGAAGAACCACUCGGUGCCCAGCUCCUCCGGAUUCGCGCACACUCCAAGCCCCAAAUUUUGAAACUACGAGUUCACCAACUAUUUUUACCACUACACACCAAUGUUAUGUUAUGUUGUGAUGCAUAGUUGGAUAGAUACAAAUUGGAUUCUUGCAUAUAUAAAUAUAUAUAUACCGUAAUAACAAGGCACCAAGGUUCCCACUUGGAUGCCUCACUUGCUAACCUUAUGUUUGUGUUUUCACUACAAAUAUGUUCCAUUUGUUGGUCAUCUAUGAGAUGAUGAACUCUUUAUUGAUGGACAUUUCAUCUACAAAUUUGAUUAUUCAAUAAAGUAUAUGAUUAUUCCA